AUGAAUCCUCAGAUCACCAACUUGGCCAUCAUGCUGAUCAUGAUGCAGGUCUCCCGCCGUCUCGAUAUGGAGGACCCCACUAUUGUGUUGUACGUGAGAAUCGCGUACGGCACCAGUGUGGCGUUGGCUUGGACUAUCUACCAGUUGGCAAGAAGCAAGAUCGUCAAAACGAACGACUUGACCACACUCAAAUACGUUGCCCCUGCUAAUGCAAUGGCUGGCGAGUCGGAAGGCAAACUUCAGGUCACAACCGUUAGAGACUAUGACCUCAAAGAACUCGACUCUGCCAUCAAGUCCAUCUACACCGGUCUUGCCAUGAUGGGUUUCAUGCACUUGUACAUGAAGUACACCAACCCAUUGUUGAUGCAGUCUAUUUCUCCAAUCAAGUCUGCGCUCGAGCACAACGAGGUCAAGAUUCAUCUCUUUGGCAAACCCGCCGCCGGCGACCUCAAGAGACCAUUCAAGGCUCCUUCCAUGUUUGGUGGAUUCGGAGCUUCUCCAGAGGCCAAGACUGACAAGAAAUCCAUCGAGGAAGCCGAAACUGCUGGCCACGGUGGCGUUAAGUCUGAAUAG